UCGUGCGCACGGAGGAGGCGGGGUGGUGGUUGAGGGCGAAGCUGUCGCUCUGAAUUGCAGAAGCUGCUGUUGCCGUUUCCGCCAUUGCGGCUUCCCUGUCUGUGAAAUUCAGAAAUACACCGGCAAGUUAUUGACAGCGAGUUAAGCAAGAAUCAGACAGAUCCCUCCCCGUGCGCUCUACAGUUUUAUUUCUCAUUUAAUUCCCACACUGAGUAAAGCAACCGGCGAGGAGAGAGGCAGCAGUGACAGAAACCGCCAUGGCACAGAUACUACCGAUUCGCUUCCAGGAGCACCUGCAGCUCCAAAACCUAGGUAUCAACCCAGCCAACAUUGGCUUCAGCACCCUCACAAUGGAGUCUGACAAGUUCAUAUGUAUCCGGGAAAAAGUAGGAGAGCAGGCUCAAGUGGUGAUUAUUGAUAUGAAUGACCCAAGUAACCCUAUUCGCAGGCCCAUUUCUGCUGACAAUGCUAUCAUGAAUCCGGCCAGCAAAGUAAUUGCACUAAAAGCUGGAAAGACACUUCAGAUCUUCAAUAUUGAAAUGAAAAGUAAAAUGAAGGCCCACACCAUGACAGAUGAUGUUACUUUUUGGAAAUGGAUCUCUUUAAACACUGUUGCCCUGGUUACCGAUAAUGCAGUCUAUCAUUGGAGUAUGGAGGGAGAAUCUCAGCCUGUGAAGAUGUUUGACCGUCAUUCCAGCUUGGCAGGCUGUCAAAUUAUUAAUUAUAGAACAGAUGCAAAGCAAAAGUGGUUGCUAUUGACUGGAAUAUCUGCACAGCAAAACCGUGUUGUUGGAGCCAUGCAGUUAUAUUCUGUGGACAGGAAGGUAUCUCAGCCCAUUGAGGGACAUGCUGCUAGCUUUGCUCAGUUCAAGAUGGAAGGGAAUGCAGAAGAAUCCACACUGUUUUGCUUUGCUGUCCGAGGCCAGGCUGGUGGCAAGCUACAUAUCAUAGAAGUUGGGACACCACCUACAGGGAACCAGCCAUUUCCAAAGAAAGCAGUUGAUGUGUUCUUUCCUCCUGAGGCCCAGAAUGACUUUCCUGUUGCAAUGCAGAUCAGUUCUAAGCAUGAUGUUGUUUUCCUGAUCACAAAAUAUGGCUACAUUCACCUGUAUGAUUUAGAGACUGGCACUUGUAUCUACAUGAACAGAAUCAGUGGGGAGACCAUUUUUGUCACUGCUCCUCAUGAAGCCACAGCUGGAAUUAUUGGAGUUAACCGAAAGGGUCAGGUUCUUUCUGUAUGUGUAGAAGAGGAAAACAUAAUUCCAUACAUUACCAAUGUUCUACAAAACCCUGACCUUGCUCUUCGUAUGGCAGUUCGUAACAAUCUUGCGGGAGCUGAGGAACUUUUUGCACGCAAAUUUAAUACUCUCUUUGCUCAGGGGAACUUCUCAGAAGCAGCAAAAGUGGCUGCAAAUGCUCCAAAGGGAAUCCUUCGAACGCCAGACACUAUACGCCGUUUUCAAAGUGUUCCUGCCCAAACAGGUCAGACCUCUCCUCUACUGCAAUAUUUUGGAAUUCUCUUGGACCAGGGCCAGCUGAAUAAAUACGAGUCUUUAGAAUUGUGUAGACCAGUACUUCAGCAGGGUCGUAAACAGCUUUUGGAAAAGUGGCUGAAAGAAGACAAGCUUGAAUGCUCAGAAGAACUAGGAGAUCUGGUGAAGUCUGUAGACCCUACUUUGGCCCUUAGUGUUUACCUUCGAGCCAAUGUUCCAAACAAAGUGAUUCAAUGCUUUGCAGAAACCGGACAAGUUCAGAAGAUUGUACUUUAUGCUAAAAAGGUUGGUUAUACACCUGAUUGGAUUUUCCUGCUUAGAAACGUCAUGAGAAUCAACCCAGACCAAGGCCAGCAAUUUGCCCAGAUGUUGGUUCAGGAUGAUGAGCCUCUCGCUGAUAUCACCCAGAUUGUGGAUGUAUUUAUGGAAUAUAACCUUAUUCAACAAUGCACUGCUUUCUUACUGGAUGCUCUGAAAAACAACCGUCCAACUGAGGGUCCUUUACAGACCCGUUUGCUAGAGAUGAAUCUUAUGCAUGCUCCUCAGGUAGCAGAUGCGAUUUUGGGCAACCAGAUGUUUACUCACUAUGACCGAGCUCACAUUGCUCAGCUUUGUGAAAAAGCAGGUCUCCUUCAGAGAGCCCUAGAACACUUCACUGAUCUUUAUGAUAUCAAACGAGCUGUUGUCCACACUCAUCUUCUCAACCCAGAGUGGUUAGUAAAUUAUUUUGGUUCCCUAUCUGUUGAAGACUCUCUUGAGUGCCUCCGUGCUAUGCUUUCUGCAAACAUCCGACAGAACCUCCAGAUAUGUGUCCAGGUAGCUUCUAAAUAUCAUGAGCAACUGUCCACUCAGUCUCUUAUUGAACUUUUCGAAUCUUUCAAGAGUUUUGAAGGUCUUUUCUAUUUCCUUGGGUCAAUUGUAAACUUCAGCCAGGAUCCAGAUGUACACUUCAAAUACAUCCAGGCUGCCUGCAAAACAGGACAGAUAAAGGAAGUGGAAAGAAUCUGCAGAGAAAGUAAUUGCUAUGAUCCAGAGAGAGUGAAAAACUUCCUGAAGGAAGCAAAGCUCACUGACCAGCUGCCAUUGAUCAUUGUAUGCGACAGAUUUGACUUUGUACAUGAUCUUGUGCUGUAUCUGUACAGAAACAACCUACAGAAGUACAUUGAGAUUUAUGUUCAAAAGGUCAAUCCAAGCCGGUUGCCAGUGGUUAUUGGUGGUUUGCUUGAUGUGGAUUGUUCAGAAGAUGUUAUUAAGAACCUAAUCCUUGUUGUGAGAGGCCAGUUCUCAACUGAUGAACUUGUAGCUGAGGUUGAAAAAAGGAACAGGUUAAAACUACUUCUGCCUUGGUUGGAAUCCCGUAUCCAUGAAGGUUGUGAAGAACCUGCCACUCACAAUGCACUGGCUAAAAUAUACAUUGAUAGCAACAAUAAUCCAGAACGAUUCCUUCGUGAGAACCCAUAUUAUGACAGCCGAGUUGUUGGGAAAUAUUGUGAAAAGAGAGAUCCCCAUCUGGCAUGCGUGGCUUAUGAGCGAGGCCAAUGUGAUCUAGAACUUAUCAAUGUAUGCAAUGAAAAUUCUUUAUUCAAAAGCCUUUCACGGUAUUUGGUACGUCGUAAAGAUCCUGAACUGUGGGCCAGUGUCUUAUUAGAAAGCAACCCAUACAGGAGACCUCUAAUUGAUCAGGUUGUACAAACUGCACUUUCUGAAACCCAAGACCCUGAAGAGGUUUCUGUUACUGUAAAAGCCUUCAUGACUGCAGACCUUCCAAACGAGCUCAUUGAGUUGCUUGAGAAAAUUGUUCUGGAUAACUCUGUUUUCAGUGAGCACAGAAAUCUACAGAACUUGCUCAUCUUAACUGCAAUUAAAGCUGACCGUACCAGAGUCAUGGAAUACAUAAACCGUCUAGAUAAUUAUGAUGCCCCAGACAUUGCAAACAUUGCCAUCAGUAAUGAGCUUUUUGAGGAAGCCUUUGCCAUUUUCAGAAAAUUUGAUGUGAACACUUCAGCUGUACAGGUUUUGAUAGAGCAUAUUGGGAAUUUGGACCGUGCAUAUGAAUUUGCUGAGCGCUGCAAUGAACCUGCUGUUUGGAGCCAACUUGCUAAAGCUCAAUUACAGAAAGGGAUGGUCAAGGAAGCCAUUGACUCUUACAUUAAAGCAGAUGACCCUUCUUCUUACAUGGAGGUUGUCCAAGCUGCCAAUGCCAGUGGAAAUUGGGAAGAGUUAGUUAAGUAUCUUCAGAUGGCUCGUAAGAAGGCACGAGAGUCUUAUGUGGAAACAGAGCUCAUCUUUGCUCUUGCUAAAACAAACCGGCUUGCAGAGCUUGAAGAGUUUAUUAAUGGACCAAACAAUGCUCACAUACAACAAGUUGGUGACCGGUGCUAUGAUGAGAAAAUGUAUGACGCUGCUAAGCUCCUCUACAACAAUGUGUCAAAUUUUGGACGUUUGGCAUCCACUCUGGUUCAUUUAGGAGAAUAUCAAGCAGCUGUAGAUGGUGCUCGCAAAGCUAAUAGCACUCGCACAUGGAAAGAGGUUUGCUUUGCUUGUGUUGAUGGCAAGGAGUUUCGAUUGGCCCAGAUGUGUGGUCUUCACAUCGUUGUGCAUGCAGAUGAGUUGGAAGAGUUAAUAAAUUAUUACCAGGAUCGUGGGUAUUUUGAAGAACUGAUCACCAUGCUUGAGGCAGCCCUGGGUCUGGAACGAGCACACAUGGGCAUGUUUACAGAAUUAGCAAUCCUGUAUUCCAAAUUUAAACCACAAAAAAUGAGGGAGCACUUGGAAUUGUUCUGGUCAAGAGUAAACAUUCCUAAGGUGCUGAGAGCAGCCGAGCAAGCUCAUUUAUGGGCUGAGUUGGUAUUCCUUUAUGAUAAGUAUGAAGAGUAUGACAAUGCCAUCAUCACUAUGAUGAGCCAUCCCACAGAUGCAUGGAAGGAAGGACAGUUUAAGGAUAUUAUAACCAAGGUAGCAAAUGUUGAACUGUAUUACAGAGCAAUCCAGUUUUAUUUGGAAUUUAAGCCACUGUUGUUGAAUGACCUCCUGAUGGUUCUCUCUCCAAGACUUGACCAUACACGGGCUGUCAACUUCUUCAGCAAGGUGAAACAACUUCCUUUGGUUAAACCAUACUUGCGUUCAGUCCAGAACCACAACAAUAAAUCUGUGAAUGAAUCUCUGAACAACCUUUUCAUUACAGAAGAAGACUAUCAGGCGCUCCGCACAUCAAUAGAUGCAUAUGACAACUUUGAUAAUAUUUCCCUCGCUCAACGUUUGGAGAAGCAUGAGCUGAUUGAGUUCCGAAGAAUUGCAGCAUAUCUUUUCAAAGGCAAUAAUCGCUGGAAACAGAGUGUGGAGCUUUGCAAGAAAGACAGACUAUACAAGGAUGCUAUGCAGUACGCUUCUGAAUCCAAAGAUACUGAGCUAGCAGAAGAACUUCUACAAUGGUUUUUGGUGGAAGGAAAAAAAGAAUGCUUUGCAGCUUGCCUCUUCACCUGCUAUGACCUAUUGAGGCCAGAUGUUGUCUUGGAAACAGCAUGGAGGCACAAUAUUAUGGAAUUUGCCAUGCCAUACUUCAUUCAGGUCACGAGGGAGUACUUAACCAAGGUUGAUGCAAUUAAGGAAAAGGUGGAUAAACUGGAUGCUUCUGAAUCCCUAAGAAAAGAGGAGGAACAAGCUACAGAGACACAACCAAUUGUUUAUGAGCAAGACAUCCACUUGCACCAAAUAAGAUAGGGGUGAAGAUCAUCUACAAAACGACAGUUGAUUCUGAAAACUAGGGAUGACAAACUCCUUAUUUGGUUUUUCAAGUGUCUAAUUCAUUAUUUGCAUUUUAGCUCUGCUACAUUAGCAUUCAUAGCUUGCCUAACACAUCCUACUUUGUUUUAGGCCAGCCACAACUGAUGCUGACAGCAGGACCCAGUGUUCCAGUACCCCCUCAAGCUGCAUUUGGCUAUGGUUACACUGCACCUGCCUAUGGGCAACCACAACCUGGUUUUGGAUAUAGCAUGUAAGACGAAAAGGGCCACAACCUUCAAACCUGGGCUAUUUUCUUACUGAAACUCCACCGUCCCUCUUCUGUCUCGUCUCCUAACUGGGAAAAGCUGCAGAGUUUGGCUCCAUGUUCCUAAACCCUUUUGUUUCAUGAAGGACUACUUUAUUAUUAUUUUUUUACAUCAUAUUUGGAUCAAACCUCCAUUAAUCCUUUUAUUUCCACAUUCCAUAUUCUCUAGAAUUACAAGUUUGUUUAUUUUGAUUGGAUUAGUUGCUUUCUUUAAGUGGGCUUUCUUUUCUUGUGGACUGCUUGUAAGCCUCUUCAGUACCAGGGGCAUUGCAGAGCAAUGUAUGGCUGGCCCCCUGUCACUGAAGUGGUUACUGUUAACAUCUUCACUGCUCAGGGGAUCUGCAGAACACUGUAGAGUAGUUUGAUGUAGACACACUCGGGUAGUGAAGGAGUUAAUAAUGCUUACUCUAUUGUGAAGAAUCUGAUUUGCACUCUGUAGUAUUAGAAAAAUAUUGACUCUCUAAUUUGUAUGUAAACGGCUUAUGUACGGUCUUAUCUAAAUGCAUAUAAAUCUCAUUGUAUAUUCAGAAAAAAAGUUUCUAUUUCCUUGUGCAAAAUUGCCGAUGACAAAAACACUAAAUAUGCAUAUACAACACCAUUUAAUUUUCGGCAACAUUACAUGACAAGGUUGCAUAAAUAGCUCCAUUCAUGUAAAGGAAUUUUCAUUUAUGCAUCUAGGAAAUGCUAUUGUAUUUAGCUCACUCCAUUAUAACAGGUGGCCCUAUGUUGUGCUGUAUCCUGUGCUUUUUUUGUGGGACCAUUUCAUUCAGGAGCAAAGAAAGCACCAUAAAUCCAGUCUGUGUAUUAUCCCCAUCCUAUCCCUGAGGUUUGUGUAUGUUGGAUAUUGUGGUGUUCUUAGGUCACUGUUUGAGUGUACAGAGGAGAGAAUUUAAACAACAAAGAAAAAAAUGCUGUUCAAUUUGUUUUGUGCAAUUUGAAAUUACUCAGAUUUAAAAUAAAUAUAAAUAAAUUACCA